AUGCUUUUAAAAACGGAACCAUUAUGGAUUUCUUUGAAAGUAGCUGACAAAACAUAUUUAAAUGAAUUUUGUAAAAAAGGAUUUAUUGAAGCGACUUUAAAAGCUUUUGGAUAAUUUUUUAAUUAGAAGUGA